AUGACCAGAUUGUUCUACCCGCUGGUGUCUCUCUUCUUAUUCUCAUUACUGUUGGCGAUAUGUUCAGCCACCGUAGAAAACGCGGCGGAUUGUGCGGCGGUUGGAACGCUGAUCUCGUCGUGUACGGAGUUUGUGAAUUACGGUUACCCGGAUCCGAUACCCGGGUCGAGAUGCUGCGACGCGAUGAAUGUGCUUGGAACUUACUCUGAUACGUCGGUGAAGAAAACGUGGCUCUGUAAUUGCUUUAUUCAUCUCAUUAAUGUCUAUAACUCAAACGCCACCGCCAUUUCUACUUUGUCUGGCUUCUGCGGCAUCGUUUUGGGCUUCACCAUCGACCCUAACACCGAUUGCAACUUGUAA